AUGCAAGGAAGCCCCCCUGAAGCGCGGGCGGCCAUGCGGAAGAGAUACAAGGCUAAGGCUGCACCGGCGGCUUUGCGCCGCGAGGCGACAUCGGAUGCCAUCGCAUCGGUUACCAGCAGCGGCAAAAGGAGCCGCAUUACAGACUACUUGGAGACGGAUGCGGCAGCUGGGAAGCGCAAAGCACAUGAGGCGUUGGCGCUCAUGUUCGCGGGGUGUCGCAUCCGUGAGCGCGUCGCGGAUCACCCGCUCUACAUCAACGCCGUUUGUGCCAUUGGGGACGCCGGCACAGGAUACGUCCCACCAAAGAAGGGGUUUAUUGGCGGGGUGGGCUUGGGACUAUGCUGCGACAUCCUCAAAAGGGGACUUUCUGGAGUGAAGGCUAGCUGGAAGCGGACCGGCGUGACAAUUUCUUCUGACAUGAUGACCGAUAAGAACGGUCGCCCCCAGGCGAACUUGUUUCUUGUCAACGAGAGUGGCGCGGUGUUCAAGGACUGCGUGGACUGCCGCAUGGAGAGCAAAACCGGCGGUUACGUCGCCAACAUCCUCAAGCUCGUGGUGGAGGAGGUCGGUCUGGAGAACGUGGUGGCAUUCUGCAUGGACGGGGGUUCCAACUACGCGGUGGCGUGCAACCAACUGAUCGCGGAAUGGCCGCACAUUCAACACGUGCCCUGUGGCACCCACGUAUUGGACCUCUUUAUGGAGGACAUUGGCAAGAUGCCGUGGGCCAAGAAGGUGGUGGAGCCUGCGUGCGAUAUCAGCUCCUUCGUCCGCAACCACCACUGGACGAGGGGAUACUUGCGGAACCCGCAAAUGGGCCGAGUAGGGGAUGGACCGGGAGGAGCUGGCGUGAUCUUCGUUGGGGGGUUGCGUACCGUACCGGCGCCGACCUCUCGUCGCUCUUUCCGUUACGACGGCCCUCGGCCCCCUCCUUCGGGGCAGACGCCGACACAGCCGGAGAGCGGCAGUGAGGAGGAGGAUGAGGAGGAGGAUGGUGAGGGCGAGAAGGAGGAGGACACUGAGGGGAGCGGGGAUGACAAUGAGGCGGCGUGGGACCCAGAGACGCAUGGCGGUGGGGAGGGGGGAGAUGAUGAUGAUGAAGACCAUGAGAUGGAUGGGUUGGAGCCUGAGGGGCGGGAGGAGGAGGUGGGAGAGGGUGGUGGAAGGGCGGCGACAAAGGCGGGAUCACAGCAUGUGCGUGAAGGGGGAGGGAGCGUGGGGGUUAAGGUGGGGGGGAGAAAGGCCGUCACCAUUAGGGAGCCGAGGCAGAGGAAGAAAACGAAAAAGUUGAGGGAGCGGGCAUAUCCCUGCACGUUCACUGGGGAGCCCUUGGGCGAGGGUGUGAUCGCUCCCGAGUUCCUAGACGAGGACGGAGGGCCUGAGAGUAGUAAGGGGACUGGCAAGGGGGAGACGUUUCCACGUGGGGGCUACAAGGGAGUGGCGGAUGGCUACGUCUAUCAGUGGCCACAUGCCAAGACUUGGCUGCAGCUCGACAAGGGGAAAGGGAUGGCGACUGGUGGAGGUGAUGGGUCAGGCGGGAUGGAGCGGUGGAUGACAACCAAACUGACCUCGGUGCAGCUACGGCAGGUGAUCACGAAGCUGGUGGUCACCUGCGACCUCCCCUUCCGCAUCGUCGAGGCCGAGGCUUUUCGUGAGCUACUCAUCCUGCUAAACCGCAACUGCGCGCAGAACUUCAUCCCCUCGCGCUGGACGGUUUCCCGCGACACAGUGGUCUAUGCGGCUGCCGCUCUUCAGUCAGCCAUCGCGGAGAUGCUGGCAUAG